AUGGAGCGCCUCCAGCGGGUCCGCGCGAACCUCCGCCUCCCCUACCGGCCCUUCGCGGCCCCGUCCGCCGCGCACGACCGCGGCCUGCACGCCCUCCGCCUCCUCGCCUUCGUCCGCCUCGACCUCUGCGUCUCCGGCGCCGCGCGACCCGACCUAGUCGCCGAGCUCGUCGCCAACUACAAGUGUACACCCGGCUGCAACGGGGGACGCAGCUCCGUCCGCGGCAAAGAAAUCGAGGUCUCCCUCGAUGCGUUCGCCGAGGCGCUCUGCCUGCCGAGAAGGCCUACUUUCCGUCCCCCGGCCGGCGUGGAUCCUGCCGCCGUGGCCUUGGCCGCCCAAGAGUUCCGACAGGUGUACUUCCCGGCGCCGACGAAACACCGGGGCCUGCUGGUGGAUGCGGCGUUGGGGGCUGUGAAGGAUGGCAGGGUGCAUGAGAUCGACUGGAAGGUGCUCAUCUGGGACCAAGUGAUGGAGGAGAUGGAGCAUCUCACUGAGAAGAACAUCGCCACUGCCGACGCCGACAGGCUGAGCUACUACGGCUUGUAUCUGCAGAGGCUCAUCUGGGCCCAGAGGCCGGAGCUCUUUCGGCUACCACCCAAGAAGAUCGAUGCCACACUCGACAUGGCAUCUAAGAUGGACAUUGUGCCGUAUAAAAUGAUUGAAGCCACGCCCGAGCAGCUUGACGCGGGACGAAAACAGCCAGGCGAGAAAGACGACGACAUGGAAGCAAUGAAGUCGCUCAACCAGACGUUGCUUACAAAGGAAAGAAACAGCAAUGACGAGUUGCAACAAGCUCGGAAGGCGUUCAUAGAGGCUUUGCAGAAAUCCACAAAUGUUCGGUCACAUAUAGUUGUCAAAAGGAUGGGCGAGAUAGACCCUAGAGCGUUUGCGAAUGCGUACAGAGCAAGUGCACCAGAUGAAGAUGCGCAGUUAAACUCUGCUCUUCUUUGUUCUAAAUGGCAAGCAGAAAUUGCAAACCCACAGUGGCAUCCUUUUAGGAUAGUCACGAUGGAUGGUAAACCGGAGGAAAUUCUCUUGGAGGAGGAUGAGAAGCUCUGCAAGUUAAAAGAAGAGCACGGUGAAGAAAUCUACGCCUUGGUAACCAAGGCGCUGCUUGAGAUCAACGAGUACAACCCCAGCGGACGCUAUCCCGUGCCAGAGCUGUGGAACAAUAAGGACGGCAGGAAAGCGAAGCUGGUGGAUGUUGUCCAGUUCGUCCUGAAACAAUGGCAGUCUCGCAAGAGGAAGCGUUGAUCUGCAGUCUUGAGGCGUGUCCUGCUUUUGCUUUCACAAAACCUGUAGAUGUGAUCGGUAGUGCCACUGGAUUAGUUAAGAGUUCUAGUGGUUAACUGGUUCUUGAUGAUCAUGCGCGGAACUACAUUACUGAGCCGUGAUCGCCUUUUGUUUCCUAGCUACCCAGAGUUUAGCUAGAUGCUCCUGUUGUA